AUGUUCUUUCCAGAUAAAAUUUAUAUUGUGUACAUCUAUCUAUCUAUCUAUCUAUCUAUCUAUCUAUAUUCAUAUAUAUUUAUAUAUAUGUUCAUAUCUAUCAAUAUCCAUAUAUUUGCUUACACACUAAGUCUGUUCAUAUCUAUCUAUCUAUCUAUCUAUCUAAGUCUGUUCAUAUCUAUCUAUACAUCUAUCUAUCUCAGUUUGUUUAUAUCUAUCUAUCUAUCUAUCUAUCUAUCUAUCUAUCUAUCUUUCUAUCUAUCUCAUCUGUUUCUAUCUAUCUAUCUAUCUAUCUAUCUAUCUAUCUAUCUAUCUAUCUAUCUAUCUAAGUCUGUUCAUAUCUAUCUAUACAUCUAUCUAUCUCAGUUUGUUUAUAUCUAUCUAUCUAUCUAUCUAUCUAUCUCAGUCUGUUUCUUUCUAUCUAUCUAUCUAUCUAUCUAUCUAUCUAACUCAGUCUGUUCAUAUCUAUCUAUACAUCUAUCUAUCUCAUUGACAUUUCACUCGUCUAUACACGCAAGCAAAUGUUGCUUACUUCUUGUUACCUUCUGCCCUUCUUUUUUUCUUUCUUUCUUUCUUUCUUCUCUCUAUGUGCCAUAUCCUUUCAGCAACUAG